CAUGAGCCUAAUGUUAGAAGACGAGAAUAACCGCAAGCAAGCGACCAGGAAUAGCUAAGGCUCCAAAGGUCGGGGCCGCCGCCCGUAUGUACAUGAUCGUGGAACGUGAUCUAGCAGUGACUAUUAUGUCACGGAUGCGGUCCAAAAACUCAGCCCGCCCGUUAAUGGCGAAGAUUACCUUCGGCGGUGGAGGUGUAAGCCGUGCCUCGGUGCUGGUAGUGGUAGCAAUAGCGAUCAUGCCCAAACAGGAACAAACACAGCUCUAUCGGUAGCGGCAAACCCCGGGUGUGCACAUCCCUUCGCGCUACCUGCUCGGACACACACACACACACACUCGCUAUCUCUCGCUCUCUCUCUCUCUCUCUCUCUCUCUCCCUGCUGUCAAGCUGACUAAUGGACAUCGAUCCUUAUAGACGGGGGAACGCUGAUAACGGAGGGCCGCCACCUCACUGAAUGUUUUUGCUCUCCCCUGUCCGAUUGCCCACGACGCCCCGCGCAAGGGUCGGUCCGGCAUCAUCACCGCCCAUCCUGCAUAUUAUCGCCGGGUCUUGUCAGGGGCAGCGGAUCAGUUUUUAAAUAGGCAUCGCCCGCCCGGCUGCCCAGUCAGUAUACGGUUUUACGUUGCGCGCAGAACAGCGUUGAGUGUACGGAUGCGCCAAGCGCACGGAACAGCACCCCAUCCCCCACUAUUCUGGAACCUUUGGUGCUGGAGAAUUGAAGGAUUCUACCCAUCGGCUAUGUGAUGUCUGCUGUGAACGGCGUCCCCUGUGCUGCGGUCUAACCUUAUCGGCUAUUGGACGAUUCUCGGUGCUCUUUGGUGUGAAUCAAAGUGUUUCUGCAGGAUAAAGCAACAGUGCAUUGUAUUGUACGCGUGUGCGCGUGUGUGGUGUGCGUGUGGUGGUGUGUGACCGAACCCAAACGAUGCCCUCCGCCAGCAAGGACAAAAUCUUUGGCCCGUGGAACCGUAGCGAAAGUACGGGCAACUUUGUGUAUCUCUCGAACAACAAUACGGCCGACAACUUGGCGAAGAUGUUUUCCCGCACGGCUCCCUCGAGUCCACGAUGGACACCGUACGGAUCGCGGCACAACUCGCCACCGAUGCCAAGCUCCCCGUUAUCGUCGUCUCCACCGUCGACACUGCGCCGAAACUAUUCGAGCACCUUCACGCUCAUACCGGAGGAUCGGGAGCUGGAAACGGUGCCACAACCUUCACCGCCAUCAACUCCGGCCACGUCGACCGACACCGCGUCGCCGCGCGUCUCCAGUGGACGCAUCCUGUUGCGGCUGGUGCUCUGGUGGCCGCUCCUGCUAAUUGCUGUCGCCCAGCGCCUUCUUGGAUGCUGCAUGCAACUCGCCUGGAAACCGUUCUUAUUCGCGGCGCCCGCCUUCUGGCUGUCGGCCUGUCUGUGGAUGUUCUGGAAGCUGAUCGCGCUGCCCUUGGCGGGAUUAAAAUGGGCACUAGUCGCACUGCACACUCCGGCCCAUGAGCGCAAUCGUCGCAAGCGCACGAUCCUCAUCAGCUGUGGCAGUACGAUCCAGACACUGCAUCUGGCCCGUAACUUCUACAAAUCCGGAGCGCGUGUGGUGGUGUUCGAGUUCGAGGGCCUGUUCGCGCUCGCCCGCUUUUCCACCGCCGUGAGCAAGUUCUACGCCAUCCAACGCCCUACACCGGAAACGGCGGGCGAGUACGUAGCGGCACUGUGUGAGAUUGUGGAAAAGGAACAACCCACGCACUACAUACCGGUGUGCGCCACCAGUCCGGCACACUACGAUGCACUUGCCAAACCGCACCUGGAACUGCGUGGAUGCUCGAGCUUCAUUCCUGGCGCUCAGGAAACGUCGGUCCUGGACGACAUCCUGCAGGUGAUGCGUAAGUGUCAAGCGAACGAAAUACUGCUCCCGCCGCAUCAGAUCGUAUCGUCGAAGGAGGAGCUGCAUCGGCUGUACGAUGGCGGCUGGUUGGCCGGCUUCCGGAACGUGAUGGUCGCGUCCGGUGCGCUGGGGCUGCUCGAACGCAGCAAGUACGUGCUGCCAGCGAAUCGGCGUGACUUGCGGCUCAACUACGAGGUGAGCGAGGCUCAGAAGUGGGUCGUGAUACGGGAUGUGAUCGGAUCGCACUACGUGACCUGUACGACGGUGAAGGAUUCGGCCGUGAUUGCGAACGUCACCUGCGCGAUCCAGGCGGACACGCGCAGUCUGGUGCCGGAGGAAAACGCGGCCAUCGAUCGGUGGUUGCAGGAAUUUUUCCGCCGCAUACGGUUGCAGCGUCCCAUCAACGGGCACAUCAGCUUCCGGUUGGUGAGGUGCCAGUGCAGUGGGCAGAUAUUCCCGCUUGGCAUUCGGGUUGGUGUGUCGCUGCCGUACAUCUGCUACACCGGGGUACAUUCGCGCGUGCUCUGCAAACCCUGUCCACACUUUAGCCGUCAAAAUUCGGGCCCGUUGGUGCAGGAAGGUGGUCGCUACUGGAUCCACGAGACAGUGCUGAAUGCGUUACGCAGGCCGAGCGUGGACGCGGUGCAGCAUCUGAUCGGUACGGUGAUCGAUCAGCGGGAAGCCCUGUUCGUCUAUUGGGACCCGUUGCCGUACUGCGCGUACUAUCACUUCCAGCUGCCGUUCAACUCGGUGAAGCGGUUCCUGCACAAACGGCAAGCAUCCCGAACGCCCGUACCUGCGAUGGCUGCGCCGGUGCAGUGAAAUGGUGUGUGUGAGUGUGUGUGAUGGAUGGGUUGAUAGGUUGAAGUUUAACCGGAUACUCCUAACAACGAUCGAUGGACUCAAACAUGUAGGCGGACGAGGGCGCGCGCGCGCGCCAUACGCACACAUACAUUCGGUACGAUCACGCUGGUUAACACGUGUCUUGCACUGUUGCUCCUUGGCGAUGGCGCUGCUCAAAGUGCGAAUAAGUGACAGCGUAGGGCGCAGGGAAGGGAACAACAGGUCGACCGAAAUCAAAACAUCCUUCGCCGCGCCGCGAGAGAAGAGGGCAAAGCCAAUCGAACCGGAACAGUCAAGCCCGAUCGGGCAGCACCAGCAGCAGUGAUUACGAACAGCCAUACAUACAGCCAAGAGGAGAGAGAAUCAAUAGACUUUGGUCAGAGUACGAUGCCUGACGGGCACGACGGUGACACGCGGAGCCGCGUGAACGUGUGUUUGCGCCUGUUAAUGGUUCAGUCCGGGCAGAAUCAAUGAUACAGUAGCGUGCAGAACAGUGAUAGGGCUAGAGAGACAAAAGGCUAACGUUAGGUUCUUUGGCAAAGCAUCGUCGGUGAGUCAAACGGCUUCAACGGGUGUGCCUGCCACACACGACACAGUAGAUAUUAGUGUGGUUCAGGAUAGUCAGCAUUUAAGGGUCUUGGUUUACUUUUGCAUACUUAACACACAGGUUGGAUGCGCUGGAUCCGUACCACACACACACACACACACUCACUUUCGUCCUGUUGCUGGGCAACAUGGAUUGGACACGCGGGCGAUUUAAUGCACUUCCAAGUAGGCAGGAAAAAAAAGUGCCAGAGCUUCAAGGAAAAAAAUAGCUUUGCCGUUUGUGCGGCUUAUCGCUGACUGGCAGGCGGCUUACCAGGACCACCAGGUUCAGAGGUUAGAAAAGAUUGUUUCCUUUCGAAGCUGACCGUCGUUUUCGAUUGAUUUUGUAGAGUGGUUGUUUUUUAUGACCGUCAUGUGUGUGUGUGUUUGUGUGUGUGUGGGUUUUUUUUUGUACAAUUAUUCUACCAUCAUCCUCACCUUCACCUGACAUGAGGCGAAUGCGUGGGCUGCAGUGUAGGCCGUUAUCGGCCCCUUCGGUAUAGCUUAUAGAAUGUGGUGUACUCUAAAGGUUACGCAUAUGUAAGGCAUGUUAUAGCGCUGUAAGCCAAUCAGCCAAUGUACAUAUAGAAUUGAGAAGUAAAAUGAACACACUUGGACCUAUAAAUGGAGCGAUAAGAG